UUCUGUAUUUAGUCCUAGAGGGGGUUGGAGCAAUGAGAGCACCGACGACAAUUCCGACACCCUCACCCGUCUGCAAUAUAAGCAGAUGAGCAGGCGCUCUCCAUCUCUUCUGCACUGAAUGCAAUUCGUCACAACGAACACAGUGUCUGCGCCAUCUUGAAUUGGAUCAGCAGCAAUGGGCAAGGAGAAGCUUCACAUCAACAUCGUGGUCAUUGGUCACGUGGACUCCGGCAAGUCCACCACCACCGGGCACCUCAUCUACAAGUGCGGCGGCAUCGACAAGAGGACCAUCGAGAAGUUCGAGAAAGAAGCCGCAGAGAUGGGAAAAGGUUCAUUCAAGUACGCCUGGGUUUUGGACAAGCUCAAGGCUGAGAGAGAGCGUGGCAUCACCAUCGAUAUCUCCCUCUGGAAGUUCGAGACCAGCAAGUACUACGUCACCAUUAUCGACGCCCCAGGACACAGGGACUUCAUCAAGAACAUGAUCACCGGAACAUCCCAGGCGGACUGCGCGGUGCUGAUCGUGGCGGCCGGGGUGGGCGAGUUCGAGGCCGGGAUCUCGAAGAACGGGCAGACGCGUGAGCACGCCCUGCUGGCCUACACGCUGGGGGUGAAGCAGCUCAUCGUGGGCGUCAACAAGAUGGACUCCACCGAGCCCAACUACAGCCAGAAGCGCUACGAGGAGAUCGUCAAGGAAGUCAGCACCUACAUCAAGAAGAUCGGCUACAACCCCGACACGGUGGCCUUCGUGCCCAUCUCCGGCUGGAACGGGGACAACAUGCUGGAGUCCAGCCCAAACAUGACGUGGUUUAAAGGGUGGAAGAUCACCAGGAAGGACGGUAACGCAUCAGGGACCACACUGCUGGAGGCCCUAGACGCCAUCCAGCCCCCGUCCCGCCCCACGGACAAGCCACUCCGCCUACCGCUCCAGGACGUCUACAAGAUUGGCGGAAUCGGGACGGUGCCCGUGGGGCGCGUGGAGACGGGCCUGCUGAAGCCCGGCAUGGUGGUGACCUUCGCCCCCGUGAACGUCACGACGGAGGUGAAGUCGGUGGAGAUGCACCACGAGGCCCUGACGGAGGCGUUGCCCGGCGACAACGUGGGCUUCAACGUUAAGAACGUCUCCGUCAAGGACAUCCGCCGCGGCAAUGUGGCGGGGGACAGCAAGAACGACCCUCCGCAGGAGGCCGCCAACUUCACCGCGCAGGUGAUCAUCCUGAACCACCCGGGGCAGAUCAGCGCCGGCUACGCCCCGGUGCUGGACUGCCACACCGCCCACAUCGCCUGCAAGUUCGCCGAGCUCAAGGAGAAGAUCGACCGCCGCUCGGGCAAGAAGCUGGAGGACAACCCCAAGUCGCUGAAGUCCGGCGACGCCGCCAUCGUGGACAUGGUCCCCGGGAAGCCCAUGUGUGUGGAGAGCUUCUCCGAGUACCCUCCGCUAGGGCGCUUUGCAGUGCGGGACAUGCGCCAGACGGUGGCGGUCGGCGUCAUCAAGGGCGUGGAGAAGAAAGCCGCCACCACCGGCAAGGUCACCAAGUCCGCCCAGAAAGCUCAGAAGGCAAAAUGAACGUUGUGCUUCGCUGCCGACUCCAGGGUCACCCGUGGCAGAAUGACGGUCUCCCAGCUCUUUCCCCCCAUUGGCUGCUUCCGCUCCAUUGUCAAAGACUGGUUAAUUGUUACAAUGCAUCGCAAAACUAUCAGAAGGAAAAAAAAAAACAUUACAAUCGGAUCUUCUUGAUGACCAUUUGUGUGUUCCAUUGCACAUGGCUUCUUUUGUUUACUUUUUAUUAGGCAAACUAUUUAGUCUUAAAGGUGUACUUGUACAGUAAUUGGGACCGCGACCAUGAACAACACCAUGUGAGGGCAAAGCCCCCCAGGCCUCUCUCUGGAGUGCAGUGUUAGUCCAGUCUUCAUGUUGUCUUGCUUUCUGUGUUUGUUUGCACUUAGUAGUUCACAGCUGGCUGAGCUGUCAACUUAAAACUCUUCAAUAGAUUAAAAACAAUGAAUGCUGUGCUCCGUCUUAGCUUUGAACUGAAGAAAUAAAAAAUAACUCUCCCAUAUCUUCAGAUUCCAGCUGCAUGCAAUCAUUUGGUGCACUUUAUAUUGUUGAAAUCUUCACUUGUGUGGCACUUUGUUUGGCUUAAGCUAUUCCUUGCUCUUGCACUGAAACUUUGAUUGGCGUCAAACCCUGCACCUUAUUGUUUUAACUGUGGGCCAAAAGGCAUUCUACAUGACAUUAAAGAUGUUUUAACUGGUGACAAA